ACCAUUUUCAAUUUUGGAAUAUAAUACAUAUUACACACACACACAAAAAAAAAAAAAAAAAAAAAAAAGAGGGUCUAUUCUCUAAAUAAACAUUAUGGAACUAAGUACUUCAAUUAUAUUUUUUGCAUUUUGUGUUUUUUUUUCUAGUUUCAUUGUAUCAUUUUCUCAGACAAAAAAACUUAGUAUUGUCAAAGAACCAGUUUCAUUUCCAAGAAAUUUCUUGUUUGGAACAGCCUCUUCUUGUUACCAGUUUGAAGGAGCUUUUCUUAGUGAUGGAAAGGGCCUUAACAAUUGGGAUGUUUUUACUCAUGAAACUGGUCACAUCGUAGAUGGUAGUAAUGGAGAUAUUGCUCUUGAUCAUUAUAAUCGAUACGAGGAGGACAUCAAGCUUAUGGAAGAUAUGGGAGUUAAUAGCUUUCGUUUCUCUAUCUCAUGGGCAAGAAUUUUACCUAAGGGGAUGCAUGGAGAUGUCAAUAUGGCUGGAAUUCAACACUACAAUAAGUUGAUUGAUGCACUCUUACACAAAGGUAUCCAACCAUUUGUCACCUUAACACAUUAUGAUAUACCUCAAGAACUUGAAGAUAGAUAUGGAGGUUGGCUAAGUCCCAAAAUACAGAGUGAUUUUGGUUAUUAUGCAGACAUGUGUUUCAAAUAUUUUGGGGAUAGAGUGAAAUAUUGGGUUACUAUUAAUGAACCAAAUGUGAUAGCGGUUCGUGGCUAUAGAUUGGGUACUUUCCCUCCGGUUCGAUGCUCCGGUUUAUUUGGUAAUUGCAGUGUUGGAAGUUCAGAAAGAGAACCAUUUAUAGCAGCACAUAAUAUGAUUUUAUCACAUGCAUCUGCUGUCACCAUUUAUCGAACCAAGUACCAGGAAAGGCAGGGAGGUAUGGUAGGAAUAUCUUUGAAUACUCAAUGGUAUGAACCUUUUAGCAAUUCCUCACAAGACAAUUAUGCAACUCAAAGAGCUAGAUCUUUUGUUUACAAUUGGUUUUUGGACCCUAUUAUAUUUGGAAGAUAUCCUAAAGAAAUGCAACAAAUUCUAGGAAACAACCUACCUAUAUUUUCAAGAAAUGAUAUGAAGAAAUUGAAAAAUGGCCUAGAUUUUAUUGGCCUAAAUCAUUAUACAGCAGCUUAUAUUAAAGAUUGCUUGUAUUCUACAUGUGAACAUGGAGUUUCUUGGUCAGAAGGUUCUUAUUUUCGUGCUACAGAAAAAGAUGGUGUGCCCAUUGGUGAGCCUACUACAAUGGAUUGGCUCUUUGUGUAUCCUCAAGGGAUGGAAAAGCUUGUGAUGUACAUGAAGGACAGAUUCAAUAAUACUCCAAUCAUCAUCACUGAAAAUGGUAUUGCUGAGAGUGACGAUCCAGAUUUUUCCCUAGAAGAUGCCAUUAAUGACACUCCAAGAGUAGAGUUCAUGCAUAGCUACUUGAAUUCCUUGGCAAAUGCAAUGAGGGAAGGUGCAAAUGUGAGGGGGUACUUUGCUUGGUCAUUGCUAGACAACUUUGAAUGGUUAGAUGGAUAUACAAAAAGAUUUGGAUUGCAUUAUGUCAAUUUUACAAAUCUCCAAAGAACUCCAAAAUUAUCAGCCACUAGGUAUAAGGAACUCAUCACCAACUUCCAAAGCCAACUAGCAACACAUACAUCAUGAACCGGAGUCCGCGGGAGCAGAGACAAAGCCAGGAUUUCAACUAAAAGAGUUUAAUAAUUGAAGAAAAUCCAGCUGAAGAGGGAUCAAUACCUACUACAGAUACAUAAAAUAAUCAUGUAUAAACGAUAUGUUUUUCCAUCGAAGGGGUUCAUCCGACCCCCCUAGCCAAAGGUUGUCUCUGCCCCUACGCGGGAGAGCCAAAGUGAUAAUUACAGGUUCGACAAAAUGCAUGCAAUAGUUUUGACUGUAAAAAUAAUUGUGAUCUAAAAGCUACUAUAAAGUAAAAAUUCUGACUUCGGCACUGAAUGAAGUGAAACUAAGGACAAGCACCAUGUGCCUUUGUGGAGAUCCUUCAACAAGUUUUUUUUGUUUGUUUGUUUGUAAAAUCUAAAGCAAGAAUGAAGUGAAACUAAGGACAAGCACCAUGUGCCUUUGUGGAGAUCCUUCAACAAGUUUUUUUUUUUUUUUUGUUUGUAAAAUCUAAAGCAAGGGAGUUUAUGUAUUGUGUAAUGACUAAUGAGAGUAUAAUUGUAUUCAUGCUAAUAUAUUUCUUUAUAUUAAUUGAGGUGUAUAAUUAUAAAGAAA